UAAGAUUUUUGUUCUCUUCGAUUUCAUAUGUUGAGUGAUUUCAGAAUGUUUUGGCGAGCGGUCGCUUUACUAGUUUUGUUGGACGUUGCUCUUUCAGCUUCUAUCAUCGAGGAAUUACCAGGAUUUCACGGUCAUCUUCCCUUCAAACUUGAAACUGGGUAUAUUGGAGUGGGUGAUCUUGAUGAAGUACAGCUUUUCUACUACUUCAUUGCUUCUGAGAGGAGCCCAAAACAGGAUCCUCUCCUUCUGUGGCUCACUGGAGGUCCUGGUUGUUCUGCUUUCUCUGGACUUGUAUAUGAAAUUGGUCCAUUAUCUUUCAACUAUGCAAAUUCUAGUGGAAACAAACCACAAUUUUCUUUAAAUCCGUAUUCGUGGACAAAGGUUGCCAACAUAAUAUUUUUGGAUCAACCUGUUGGUACGGGAUUCUCUUAUGCAAAAAAUUGGAAAGGAUAUAGUGUCAUCAACGAUACACUAUCAGCCUCUGAUACAUACAUUUUCUUGAGAAAGUGGCUUAUGGCUCACCCAGAGUUUCUUGCAAAUCCCCUUUAUAUCACUGGAGAUUCUUAUUCAGGAAAAAUCGUUCCAAUAGUUGCCAAGAAAAUAUCAGAAGGUAACGAGGUUGGAAGUGAGCCAAUGAUGAAUCUAAAAGGAUACGUGCUUGGCAACCCAGGUACAGAUGUUAACAAAGACUACAAUGCAAGAGUUCCGUUUGCUCAGUUAAAGACACUCAUAUCAGAUGAACUCUAUAAGUCGACAGAAAGAAAUUGCAAGGGGAAGUAUGUUGAUGCAGAUCCAAACAACACACUAUGCAUCAAAGAUCUUCUACAAGUCUAUGGGUGCUUAGAAAAAGUGAAUACGGCACAAAUAUUGGAACCUCAGUGUAGUACUUUAUCCCCGAAACCAAAGUCGACAUUAAAGUGGGAUUCAAGCAUUCUCAUAGAGGAUUAUGAAUAUUUUCUAUCCUUGCCUCAACCUCCUCCUGAGCCAUGGUGUCGGAAUUAUAACUAUCUGUAUUCUUAUAUAUGGGCUAACAAUAAACUUGUUCAAAAGACUCUUCACGUAAGAGAGGGGACUAUAGAGAAAUGGAUAAGAUGCAAUAAGUCUUUAGUUUACACAGAAGAUGUCAUAUCUGUCGUCGAUUACCAUCGAUACCUUAUCAAAAAGGGGUAUAGGGCUCUCAUUUAUAGUGGUGAUCAAGACAUGGUAAUACCAUAUGUGGGUACACAGGCUUGGAUAAAAUCUAUGAAUUUGACAAUUCAAUAUGAUUGGCAACCAUGGUUUGUCGAUGGCCAAAUUGCCGGGUACACAAGACAGUAUUACGAAAUUCCAUCUAGUUUCACAUUCACGACUGUGAAGGGAGGGGGUCACACAGCUCCAGAGUACAAGCCUAAGGAAUGUUUGGCUAUGAUUAGUAGAUGGUUGGCGUAUUUUCCCCUCUAGUUAUCAAUAUUGAUGGGUGUUUAAUUAAAUAUUAUACCUUGGAAGGGUGACAAAUUCUAAUUUAAAUUUUUUUGAGAAAUAAAUAAAUCUUAUACAUUGCUACCUUCUUUUUA